GCAAGACAUCCCAGGCAGGAUCGACUUCGCACUCUUGAUCUCCUUCCGCGCCUCACUGAAGCGGAAGCCAUGGCGAUGCCAAUGCUGCGACACCUUCUGGCGCCGUCAUUACGGCGGCCACUCACGGCCUCUACAGCACUCAGCCCUGCCAUCCAAUCCUCGACCUCCAGAUCUUUCCCCGUCCCCCAACGGUCCCUAUCGACAACCCCAUCCGUCAACGCAACCCUGAACCAGGUCCUCCGAGGCUGCCGCAAGGCCCAACGGGCGCGCCACGCCAUCUCGCCCGCCCUCUCGGAGCUCAAGGCGCCGUCCAAGAAGGGCGUCUGCCUCAAGGUGGGCAUCACAAGGCCCAAGAAGCCCAACUCGGGCGAGCGCAAGACGGCGCGUGUGCGCCUGUCGACGGGCCGCAUGAUCACAGCGUACAUCCCCGGCGAGGGCCACAACAUCCAGCAGCACAGCGUCGUGCUCGUCCGCGGCGGGAGGAGUCAGGACUGUCCUGGUGUGAGAUACCAUCUGGUUCGCGGUGCAUUGGAUCUUGGGGGAGUUGCCAGCCGCGUGAGCAGUAGGAGCAAGUACGGGACCAAGAAGCCAAAGAAGGCGUCUGUCGGUUGAGGGUAGCUAGGAAGAAGUCGCGGUUUGUCGAGCAGUUUCGUGCUUGAGGGCUUGAGAGACCCUGGACACUGUUGCGAGUCACAUCUUGUACAUCACCUACUGUAAAGCAUAUAACUGAAGAAGUGAAUGAUCAAUUUCCACCUUGAUGGGAACUGUAAUCAGCAUAUAUUUACAGGCCAUCCGUGUGGUUAACUUUCCCCG